AUGGCUGUCAGAACCCAAUUUGAGAAUUCCACAGAUAUUGGAGUAUUCUCCAAACUUACCAAUGCCUACUGUCUUACAGCCUUGGCAUCAUCAACGAAUUUCUAUUCCGUCUUUGAAUCAGAAUUAGCAGAUGUCAUCCCAAUCGUUCAUACUACCAUCGGAGGCACCAGAAUCGUCGGUAGAUUGACAGCUGGUAACAGACAUGGAUUAUUAGUACCUUCCACAACGACAGAUCAAGAAUUACAACAUCUCAGAAACGCUUUACCUCCCUCUGUAGCUAUUCAAAGGAUCGAAGAAAGGUUAUCUGCUCUAGGAAACGUUAUAGCCUGUAACGAUUACGUAGCUUUGGUUCAUCCUGAUAUAGAUAGAGAAACCGAAGAAAUCAUCGCGGAUACUUUAAAAGUUGAGGUCUUCAGACAAACCGUUGCCAAUAAUGUUUUGGUUGGAAGUUAUUGUGCUUUAUCGAAUCAAGGAGGUCUCGUUCACCCUAAAACAUCUAGAUCAGAAUUAGAUGAAUUAUCAUCAUUGCUUCAAGUACCUCUAGUCGCAGGAACAGUCAAUCGAGGAUCAGAAGUUAUCGGUGCAGGUUUAGUAGUCAACGAUUGGUGUGCAUUCACCGGAUUGGACACUACCGCUACUGAAAUCAGUGUCAUCGAAGCGACUUUCCGUCUCCAAGGUCAGACUUCUGCUGCUGUGAUUGGAGAGAUGCGUGACUCUUUGAUAGACCAUUAUGUAUGA